UGUCAUGGAAUCGAAGAGAAUGUCAGACAUGACAAAGCUCCAUCAAGCUGUGGCUGCAGGGCACUAUACUCUAGUGAGAAAGAUUUUGAAGAAAGGUCUCUGUGACCCAAACUACAAGGAUGUGGACUGGAAUGACCGAACCCCACUUCACUGGGCUGCAAUCAAAGGGCAUAUGGAGGUGAUGAAGCUCCUCAUACAGUGUGGAGCCAGACCCUGCCUGGUAACUGAUGUGGGCUGGACCCCAGCUCACUUUGCAGCUGAGUCAGGCCAUCUGCAUGUGCUCAAAAUGCUCCAUGCAUUGCACGCCGCCAUCGACGCCCCCGACUUCUUUGGAGACACGCCGAAGAGGAUCGCACAGAUCUAUGGGCAGAAAGCCUGUGUCACAUUCCUGGAGAAGGCCGAACCCGAGUGCCGGGACCACCGCCUCAUUGCCAGCCAGAAGGGGCUGCUGUUGGAUCAGCGGGACCCGGACUGGGAUGCCAAGAAAAGGGAGAUGGAGCUGUCUCUUCCUUCCUCGGAUCAAAACAUUAAUAAGAAAAAGCAUAAGAAAAGUCGAGGCCCCCCCAAGCUCAGCAAUACCAAGGAGAGGAAAGUGUGAGAAGGCUGGGCCACAGAGGCUAGAACCUAUGUUUUCUGGUGGGAGACUUUCCCUCGUAUCAGAGUAGAGCUUGUCAGGCGUGUGUUGUCUUUACCUGAUUUUACUCAUAGGCCAUUAUCCAGAUGGCUUCUAUUGGUAGCUCAAGACCUGUCAUUCAACCGGAAGUCUUGCCCUAAGGCUGUCCUCGCUAUUGUCUCCUCACUAAUACCUGCUGUCCACAGAAUUACCAGCGGGAGACAAGUGUCAACUGCUUGCAUUACCAGUGAUUUGGACUCGUCAGCUUCUCCUGACCUCCACAUGCAAUUACAGAAUUCAAGAGUGUCUUCUAAGGGAAACUAGAUUGUUCAAAUGCAAAAAAAAA